AUGGGUGUGAUGGCCGUCAGUCUAUUCAUCACGAUUCUCCUCCUUUUCCAUCAAAUUUCCCCGUCAAUUCAACAAAGCGAUCAUUUGGAUCAAUUCACAGCUCCGAUAGAUCGAGAUGAAAUUCUGUCUGGUGAUCGUCGUACUUUGAACAGUAAAGAUACCGUCCUUCAAAUAGCUUCAAAUAGUUUGAGAUCUUGUCAGAGAAAUUGGAAUCAAACGCAACAAGAACUCGUCGAGGCCCGAGGAAAAAUCAGCGGACUCGAGACGGAAAUAGAAUUUGAAAGAGAAAACAAAACGGCCGAAAUCAAGAAGUUGCGGGCAUAUUUAAAUCGAACGAUGACUUUGGUCUUGGAUCCGAAUGGAUGGUCGUAUUUGACAAAAACCGCUUCUUUGUACAAGGUUAUCGAUCAAGAAAUGACAUUUGAUGAAGCCGAGGCAUAUUGUGCGGGCCGACAGGGCCAUUUAGUCACGAUUCAAAGUGAGGAAGAGAACGAUUUUGUUCAGAAACUGGCGAAAACUGUUCACCCCUUUCAUGGGUUCUGGAUCGGACUGAAGAGCAAACCGAACGACGAAAAUGCUUUGGAAUGGACCGAUGGAAGUUCGGUGGAUUUCACGAAUUGGGAUCCGAAAGACCCGGAUUGGGACACCCACACUUAUCUUGAUAGCGACGAUGGAAAAUGGCGGGUCUAUAGUCCUGGCCGUCUGCUUCGUUUUAUCUGCAAAAUUCGCUCUCAAUUC